AUCCGACAUGGCUGCUAAAAAUAAACAAAAUAAAAAUACAGUGAAAUGUGUGAAUAAAAGUGCUUUGUGGCGUGUCCGUGUGUGUUUUGGUGCACUUUUACGCAUUUGGAGUGUCCACGGAGCAUUUGGGCUGCGCUCCCCCGCCAGCCCGUGCGCUGAUGGCUGGGAAACCCCGUGGACGCGGCAGUGCUUUUUCAGACGAUGUCAUGGACGAUGAGGACGAUCGCCAGCUGCUGGAUAUUUUAGGGGAUGUAGACGCGUUAAACGACUAUCUCCACGGCAGCAACAGUAAAUCUAUCGGAGACGAGGAUGUGACCAGCGCCGCGUACGGCUCCGACACUUCCUUCUUUUCUACAGACACGCCCGUCUCAAACCCGGGUCUUAAAGAUGUGUCGGACUUCAGCGUGGACUCGUCGCUCCAGCCUCUGUCGGGGAGUCUGUCGUUUAUCGAGGACGAGCUGGGGUCUCCUCCGUCUCCUCCGGGGGGCGACGAUCAGCCCUUCGACAUCCUGCAGAAGUCUCUCCUGGAGGCGGACAUCACGGAGCAGACUCUGGCCCAGGAGGCUCUGCUCGAGUCCCAGCCCGCCCCCAGUCUAGUCCAGCCGCCCGUCACCUUCCCCUCCAUCGUCCCCGGAAACAUCGGCGGCGCGGUCGGCGUGGUGACCCCCGCCGGACAGUUUAUCCAAGGAGUUUCUCAGUUACAAAAUGGCGCCGCUUCACAUAUACAAGUUCUGGGCUCGUUCGGGACCACAGGAGGAGUCAUGACUUUAAGUAAUCUAGAAAGAACUCCUCAGAUCGUGCUCCGCCCUCCUCUGGCCACGUCCACCGGCGGGCAGCAGGUUUUGGCGCCGACGCAGGCCCAGGUGGGCGGGUUUAAAAACAUCCCGCUGCAGAACAUCAUCAUCCAGAGAGGACCGGGCGGGACGCAGGCGCUGGUGAGGCCCAUCCAGCCCAAACCGCUGCAGACGGGCGCGCAGACGGUCUACAGCGUGGGUCUGCAGCCCGCCACCUCCACCGCCAACGUCGCCAACGGGUCCAUCGUCGUGCAGUCCAAUCUGGAGCAGGCCAACGCCGCCGCGCCCGGGCAGUUCAUCCUCCCCGGCUCGUUGGCGCUGACGCCGGCGACGACCGUGCAAAACGGACCCACGGACGCCAACGCCAACGCGCUGAUCACCACGCAGAACGCCGUGCAGAUCGUGGCGGGGCAGAGCUUCACGGCGACGGCGGGAGGGCAGCUCAUCCUCAAUCAGGUGGGCGGAGUUUCCGGCGCCACGCCCGCGCCGGUACAAGCCGCGUCCGCGCCGGGGCGGAUCACGCUGGUCGCCGGGCAGAACCAAGUGUCCGGGAGCCCGGUGCAGCGCCUCCUGGUGACGCAGACGGCGAACUGCACGUCACUGUCGCCUUUACCUUCAGCCGCCACACAAGAGCAGAGCUCUGUGUCUGCGGCGCUGAAGCUCACUCCCAUUCACGCCACAAAAACCAUCACUGUAGAUUCAACGCUAAACUCUCAGGUCGGACUCCAGCGUGUGGCGCCGCUCACUCGAGGAGGAAUGCUGCUGCAGCAGGUGAGGAAGGAUCACCUGGGCGCCCUGGGACCAGAAAAAACCCGCUUCAGUUCUUUUGAGGACGUCCUGAACAGACUGCUGCCAUACAACGUGUUCCAGGGGGCGCCACCGAGCUCCGACGAGUUCUCUCAAGUGGACGAGGAGUUCGAGUUGGUCGCAGCUCAAAUCGUCAAUAAAACUGAAGCCAUGGUGGAUAAAUACAGGAAGCUGCUGAUGGUGGAGGCCGAGAGGUCAAGUCCUUCAUCUGAAAUCGUGAUGAUCGAUCGGACGUUUAACCAGGAGGAACGCAGCGGCCUCACGCAAGACAAACGCAACGUGCUGCUCGACCCAGACGGUUUCCUGGAGGACUUCUGCUGCGGCGUUCGGUCCGGCGUGUUCUCGGCCCCGCCCCCCGCGCCCUCUGACCCCGCCCCCUCGGCCCCGGCGCCCGCACACGAGCGCUGUUUCCCGGACGCUCCCUCUCCGGACUCGCCCUCCUCCCUCAGGACAGAGCCGCUGCAGCCUCCGUACUCCGACCCGGGCGGAGGCGGAGGCGGCGGCGGCGGCGGCGGCGGAGGAGGCGGAGGCGAUGGAGGAGGGGCGCACAAACGACCCAAAAACGAUCUCAAACUCAAAUUCCACGCCUCGUCUUUCUCGCCGGGACAUUUGGUUUCGUCGUCGGUGGGUUUUUCGUCGCCGGCGCAGAGCGAGGACUCGGCGCUGGAGGCGGCCGUCAACAGCAUCUUAGAAUGUUAAAAAAAAACCACGUCACUACAAACUCUUCACUUUUGUUCUUCAAGCUCUUUUCCGCUCACACACUGCGGAACUUUUCACUGAGGCUCCGCCGCCCGCUCGUCGCCACGGAGACGAUAAAACUUUGACGAGAAUGUUCCACAGUGCGGCAUUUAAAAGAUUUAUCUGACAUUUAUUUAUGUGAUCACAGGAAACUAAACCAGGACUGAACCAGGACUAAACUUGGUCUAAACCAGGUCUAAUCCAGGAGGUCUGUUCUGUGACUGUGGCAGGUUUAAUGUGACACUGUGGAACAUUCAGGUGAAGUUCUGUUUCCAUGGAGACGAGCAGGCGGCAGGAGGAGGAGUGGGGAAGGUUCCAGAUUCAGUUUUCAAAGUUGAUCUUAAAUCUUUUGAGCGAGUUUAUAAAGAUAAGACAAAAAUAUUCAACGUGAUGAUUCUGAAUUUAAAUUGAUUUAAAGGUUUUAUCUGACGUUAAAGUUCCUCCUGAGAACUUCAAAUCAUGUUCUAAUGUUCUGAUGUUCCUCUUCAGACAGACCUGGAGUUCUGUUUGUUUCAUUCACAGUUCAGACUGUUCCACCUUGUGAUGUCAUGAAAGGAACAGAUCCUUAUCCCUUUAGUUCAGUCAAGAUUGAAAUGACUAA